GUCGUCUCCGUCUCCGUCUCCCUUGCCUGCAACUGGGUUGAACCGGGCUCGUCAACCUUACGACGGGGAAAGGGGACCCUGACGGUUUUACAGCCGAGCCUCGAACCGCCUUCGAUCCAAGACAAGGCCCCGGUGUUCCUGGUGUGAGUUACGGCGCAUCAUGCCUGAUGCAGGCUUUGAUGGGCGAAAAAUACCAGUUGAUCCUUUCCAUCGGUCCAACUGCCUGGUGCCGCCACAAACUCUGCCUGCCGAAGCGUGCGUUGCUCGGCUGACUGCUUUCGUCUCGUGGAUUCACUCAUUAAUCACGGUUCUUGUCAUUCUUGAUUGCUCCAGUGUAUCAUCAUCCUGCCCUCUGAUUGAGUUGGACCGGGCUCGGACAGUCACUGUUUGAAAGGGCGCUGUGGGUGAAGGUCCUCUGCCCUCUCUCAUUCAUGCUGCCAAACAUCCGGGACCCACCUCUUCAAUAACUUUGCCUUCAUUCCAAACCCCCAAUUCUGUCAAAAGACUCCAAAACAUCCAACAUGCUCCCUCACUUGAAUUGUUCUUGAUCCUCGUCCCUGUUGCCAUGUUCUCUGUCACCAGGGAAUAUCACUAUCUUUUCCUUGCUUUCACUUGAGGCUCUGCAAGGUCGGCCUGGCCCUUCACAACACAGCCUCAUCGUCCACCUCACCGUCGUCCGCGACAUGCUCAUGCCGCACCCGUCACCUCCAGCUCACACUACUUAACACCGACGACUUUUCCACCUUCGACCUUUCUCCCCGUUACCUGCAGCUCAUGUCGUCCAUGUCUGCCAUCUACGGUGCUGUUGGGCCCUCGGAUCGGUCGAACUCGACGUCGAACACCACCUGUCAGGACGCCGCAGCAUAUGGGUGCAAAAGGUGGAACACCUCCGAGACCUACUUCAACAGCGGUUUACCUACGCCUCCGGGCUCAAGGGCCAUGCCUGGAGUAGUGCUAGGCAACAGCUAUGCGGCAUUGCCUGCACCUCCGUUGCAGCAGGGCCGCAGCGGUUUACCAGACGGUGCGAACGCUACUCGUCCACGCAUAACUCCAUCUACAGUCUCGACGAAUCAUGCAUACGCUCUUGCUCCUCCCGCAAACGGGGUCAGCCUGUACAACCGUCGAGCACCCGAUCACAACAAUGUGAACGCCAUUGCACCCCACCUUCAAAUCCCAGAGUCGGUGAACAAGAGCAAAGGGAGUCUGGCCGAGUUUGCCGCCGAGAUUACAUGUCUCUUCUGGUUUGAAACAGGGAACACCCUCCAAUAUGCAGAGAAUCUCCCAGAGGAUGUAGCAGUCGAUAGAGGCUUGCUUCCAGAUGCCGUACCCACCAUUGGGUUCCGAAAGUGGGUGACCACGAUCAUCAGCACCACUCAGGUCGGGAAGAACGUAAUCCUACUUGCCUUGUUGUUCAUCUAUCGGCUCAAACGAUUCAACCCUAGUGUUAGCGGGAAGCGUGGAAGUGAGUUUCGGCUGCUGACGAUUGCCCUCAUGUUGGGAAACAAGUUUCUGGACGACAAUACAUACACGAACAAGACCUGGGCGGAAGUUUCUGGCAUAUCAGUCACCGAAAUACACAUCAUGGAAGUCGAAUUCCUGAGCAACAUGAGGUACGCUCUUUACGCCUCGGCUGAAGAGUGGAGUGAAUGGAAGUCCAAAUUGGGAAGGUUUGGCGCGUUUUACGACAAAGCCUCCGAGCUACCCUUGGUUGAUGAGAGCAGAGCCAAUGGCGCCACCCCAGUCACGCCGACUGCUCAGAGCUUCCCUCAAAAGCUGCCUUCGCCUCCUUCCACUCAUCACAGUGCCAGUCCUUAUGGUGUCUCCCCGUCUCUGAACAGUCACUACCCGGUACUGCCACAUCCUUCAACUGCAGUAACACAAUUUCCGAGUUCACCUCUUCGGCAACAAGUUGGUUUGAGGGGAUAUCAACAAGAGCGGAAACGGAGCGCCGACUACUCUGCGGAACUUCCCCCGGCGAAAAGGCAACAACUUCCUGGUCAGCUUUCCGAAAAUAUUGGAGGUCGUGGACAUUCGCUUCCGUACAUUCCUGGCAGUCUAAGAGUGUCUCCCACUCACCCUACCGGCGUGGCUGAUAUUGGAGUCCCGGCACCAAUGCUGGACAUCCCAAGGCUGGACAUGCCGAGGCCACCACCCUCGCUACCGCUUUCAAAUGCGCCGCCCACCCUAUUGCCAGUCCAGACAAAUCGACCACUGUCGACCGUCUACCCGCCCGCAACUGGCACCUAUUCCCACCCUGUCACGCCGAUAUCCGCAGUGCCUCAAUCUCUGUUCCAGAAUCCUGUUCCAAGCUUGGGCGAUGGCUCUCGAUCUAUUACAACUCUGCCUUCCGCCCACACCUCCCCAUCGAAUGGGUACAACACCACUACUCCCACACUGGCGGGACUAUCACCUUCAUACUUCCUGACGCAUCGCACGUCUCCAUAUCGACCUGUCCGACAUGUCAACACGCUCUUGAUACCUCCGCCAUCGGCCGCAUUGCAGAUGCCGGUCAGAAAUAUACCAUCUGACCAGAUUCACUACCAUCCCUUAAGCAAAGCGACCACUGAGCGCCGGACUGGACUACUGCCCAAUUUCCAUCCCGAUGGCUGGCAACAUAGCAAUGUUUCCACGCCCAUCACUCAACAUCAAUACCCAUUCUAAGAAUCGGUUCACAACCCUGUAAAUUUCUCAUGCUGUGGGGAAAACAUUGCACUCUUCCACCUGCAUAGCUCGGCGGGCUCUGUUUUGAUAUUAUCUUUUUGUGCUGAAAGCACUCGGUUUAGCGAAAAAGCAUUUCAACGGCGCUGGCAUUAGAUGGUAUUAUGGCAACAUACGGCGGGCUCAGAAUACCUUGUCUGAACAAGACAGAAGUGUACAGAAUUAGAAGAUCCAGCACAGACUGGAUUGGAAGACAUGACUCCCACGAUGCUUGGGGGACAGAAAGGGCAAGGGGUUGAGCAGGUCGAUCGAAAGCUAAUGCUUGAUACCCCCUUCAUUUGUUUCAAUCCAGACUCUGUCCUCUUGCAAUUUUCAUCGCAUCGCCAUACGUACAAGUCGGUAGGCAGCUGAUGAGCUGCGAUCAGGUGACGCAUGCCAAGCCGGGUUUAAGCAUUC